UCACUGAAUUUCUUUUCUCAGCGUGGAUUUGCCAAAAGUAUAAAACAAUAUAUCUAAGUCAGGCUGGUCUUUCCUCGAGUGACGUUUCUCUAGUUUAUUCACUCCGAGUCAAUAUUGGCGGAAUAUCGAAGAGAAAUGAGAAAUGUCGACAUUUUCGUUCACUAUCUCUCCCCCGUUUAUCGUGUCCCCCCUCGCAAUUUCUCGGAUUUUUCCUUAAUAAGGAUUUAUUAAUAGAGAUUAUCGUUCUGAAAUGUAAAUAAUAGCAGGCCCUAUCGUCUCUCCGAGGGUUUGGAAUAUGCAAAUGUAAUCUCAAACAGAUAAUUGUGUGUGGCAAUUGCGAUCGCUCUAUGUGUACCUUGGGGAACCCUGAGAUUAACGUAUCGGGUGUUUUACUCCUUUUAUUCCAUCUCUUAGGUCACCGACGAAUGAUGUAUGUAGGAAUGUACACGAGCAUGGCUUACACAUGCAUGAAUGUCGAUAUCGAGAGACAAGGGGAUUCCUGCCAUCUGCUCCAUGUGCUUUGCUCACUUCUCUCUCUUUACAUUUCCGAAAGAGUGCUUCCCCGGCCGGAGCACAAUUUUCCUCGUUCUAAGUAUAUAAAUUGCUGGAUGCUGGAAUGACGGCACAUUCAAUCGAAAGCCUCAUCAGCUGCACUGUUUGACGGCACCCGGCACAAUGAAGACCUUUGUUGCGGUUCUUUUGGUUUUCGCCGUCACUUUCCUGGCGAAUGCUGAGCCCAGUUUGCCUAGGCAUAGACCUGGACCUGGACCUUUGAUUAAUCGUCCACGUCCUCCGACACAGCCACGGUUCCGCAGGUCUCCUGAACCUGAACCUGAACCGCGGAAGAAGGGAUCCGUCUAUGUCGAUGUUCAAAAGCCUAUGAGUGGACCUGAUCGGCGCCCAUCCAUUGGUGCUGGAUACCAACACAAGAUUUUUGAGAACAAGCAUGGUCACAUCAGUGCUGGUGGAGGAUUCCAGAAGUACCCUGGCCAGAAACCGCAGUCGAACGUUGGCAUCACGGGAUCCUUCCGUUUCCGCAGGUCCCCUGAACCUGAACCUGAACCGCAGAAGAAGGGAUCCGUCUACGUUGAUGUUCAAAAACCCAUGAGCGGACCUGAUCGGCGCCCAUCCAUUGGUGCUGGAUACCAACAUAAGAUCUUUGAGAACAAACGUGGUCACAUCAGUGCUGGUGCUGGAGUCCAGAAGAAUCCGGGCCAGAGACCUCAAGGAAAUGUUGGACUCCAAGGAUCUUUCCGUUUCCGCAGAUCUCCUGAACCUGAACCGCAGAAGAAGGGAUCCAUCUAUGUCGAUGUUCAAAAACCCAUGAGUGGACCUGAUCGUCGCCCAUCCAUUGGUGCUGGAUACCAACACAAGAUUUUUGAAAACAAGCAUGGUCACAUCAGUGCUGGUGCUGGAGUCCAGAAAAAUCCGGGCCAGAGACCUCAGGGAAAUGUUGGACUCCAAGGAUCCUUCCGUUUCCGUCGUGAUGCAGAGGGUAACGAAGUCGUGGAGGAACUCGAGGGUGCUGAUGAAGUCUUUGAAGAUGUCCCAGCUGUGGAAGUGUAACAUGGAACUGUUGAGAAAAGGUAUUAGACCAAAUAUGCGCAUUUAUCCAUUCGCUUGUUCCUUUGGCUCGUACCUAUACCUGACUUUUAAAGUUAAAUACGUCUUUUAACGUUAAAAGUUGGGAAUAUGUUUGGAAGAACAUUGCCAUAAUUAAACUAGACUUGGCUUGGAUAUCGAAUCAUUCCUUAAUGUCUAAAAUCUGAACAUGGAGUACCGUGUUCAAAAGUUAAGUAUUCGCCAGUAAUUAUAAACAUUAGUCAACUUACAGAGUCUUAUAAGUACAUGAGACAUUUUAACAUACUUUAUCAGUGACACUGCUAUAAUGUAAAUGGACAAUGGAUAAUGUGAAUUCCUCGGACUAAUGUUAGGUUAAGAACUGUAAUAUUUUUCGAAUAAGGAUGCAAAGGGAAUAUCACCGUGCAAGAAGAAGAUGUAGAAAAGUAUUUUAAGCAGUGUCCUUUCCAAAGAAAAAUGUUCACUCAUUUCUUGACUGAUUAUGAUUAUGAGAUCUCUACAAUUCUUGAAAUAAAGUAUCGUUCCUUGGGAAAAUGA